GGUCGAGCCCAGCAAAUGGCGAGGGACGCCCGCACCACGCUCCCCCUUCUCCAGCCGUUGUGGGGCGGCGGGGAUGGGGCCCCUCUGCCCCACUUGGCCCUUCCAAGCGCUCAGCCCAGCGCCCUGCACACCUUCUUUCAACAUGUCAGUCCUCAAGUGACUCCUGAUAGAAGUUCUCUCUUGACGAGUGUAAUUGCUGCCUACCAAAGGCUCUGUUCUCGACCUCCAAAAGGAUUUGAAAAAUACUUUCCCAAUGGAAAAAAUGGCAAGAAAGCUAGUGAAUCCAAAGAACCCGGUGGAGAAACGAAAGAAGCAAAGCCAGCUCAAACUCAGCGCCCUUCUGGUGAAGGAGUUAGUGGUGGAGGUGGUGGCGGAAAAAAAGGUGGAAAGAAAGACGAUUCUCACUGGUGGUCCAGGUUCCAGAAGGGUGAUUUUCCUUGGGAUGACAAGGAGUUCCGACUGUACUUUGUUGGGAGUGCUCUAUUUUGGGCUACUGUUGUAUUCUACUUUUUCUUCAAGAGCUCGGGGAGAGAGAUCACUUGGAAGGACUUUGUCAAUAACUACCUCUCCAAAGGAGUGGUGGACAGGUUAGAAGUAGUCAACAAGCGCUUUGUCCGAGUGUCUUUUACACCAGGAAAAACUCCUGUUGAUGGGCAAUACGUCUGGUUUAAUAUCGGUAGUGUGGAUACCUUCGAACGUAACCUGGAAACUUUGCAGCAGGAAUUAGGCAUUGAGGGAGAGAAUCGGUUACCUGUGGUCUACAUUGCUGAAAGUGAUGGUUCAUUCCUGCUGAGCCUGUUCCCUACAGUUCUCAUAAUUGGCUUUUUACUAUACACACUAAGAAGAGGACCUGCUGGCAUGGGUCGAACAGGCCGGGGAAUGGGUGGACUCUUUAGUGUAGGAGAAACUACCGCCAAGGUCCUGAGAGAUGAAAUUGAUGUGAAGUUCAAAGAUGUAGCCGGCUGCGAGGAGGCCAAAUUAGAGAUAAUGGAAUUCGUUAAUUUCCUGAAAAACCCAAAGCAGUACCAGGAUCUGGGAGCGAAAAUCCCCAAGGGAGCCAUUCUCACCGGCCCUCCGGGCACUGGAAAAACACUACUGGCUAAAGCUACCGCUGGAGAGGCUAACGUCCCUUUCAUUACAGUCAACGGCUCGGAGUUCUUGGAGAUGUUUGUCGGUGUGGGUCCAGCUAGGGUCCGAGACUUAUUUUCUCUUGCUCGUAAAAAUGCCCCUUGCAUUCUCUUCAUUGAUGAAAUAGACGCAGUGGGAAGGAAAAGAGGGCGAGGCAACUUUGGAGGGCAAAGUGAACAGGAGAACACACUCAACCAGCUGCUUGUAGAAAUGGAUGGUUUUAACACAACGACAAAUGUAGUCAUUUUGGCAGGCACCAAUAGGCCUGAUAUCUUAGAUCCUGCACUGAUGAGGCCUGGCCGCUUUGACCGGCAAAUCUACAUCGGACCCCCGGAUAUUAAGGGAAGAGCAUCUAUCUUCAAAGUUCAUCUCAGACCCCUGAAACUAGAAAUCGACCUAGAUAAAGAGAAAUUGGCAAGAAAACUGGCUUCCCUGACUCCAGGGUUUUCAGGAGCUGAUAUUGCUAACGUCUGUAAUGAAGCUGCCUUGAUUGCCGCCCGGCACCUUUCAGAUUCCAUAUGUCAGACACACUUCGAGCAGGCAAUUGAGCGAGUGAUCGGAGGUUUGGAAAAGAAGACUCAGGUUCUGCAACCAGAGGAGAAAAAAACAGUCGCCUACCAUGAGGCAGGGCAUGCAGUUGCAGGCUGGUAUCUGGAACAUGCUGAUCCACUUUUAAAGGUUUCCAUCAUCCCACGUGGCAAAGGCCUAGGCUAUGCCCAAUAUUUGCCCAAAGAACAAUAUCUUUAUACCAAAGAGCAACUCUUGGAUAGGAUGUGUAUGACUUUGGGAGGCCGAGUGUCAGAAGAAAUCUUCUUUGGAAAAAUUACAACUGGAGCCCAAGAUGACUUGAGGAAGGUAACUCAAAGUGCAUAUGCCCAGAUCGUUCAGUUUGGCAUGAACGAAAAAGUCGGACAGAUUUCGUUUGAUCUCCCUCGGCAAGGGGAAAUGGUGUUGGAGAAACCGUACAGCGAAGCCACAGCCAGGCUGAUAGAUGAUGAAGUGAGACUACUUAUUAACGAGGCUCAUGAAAGAACCACGACUCUGCUCACCGAGAAGAAAGCCGACGUGGAAAAGGUUGCCCUGCGACUACUAGAGAAGGAAGUUCUGGAUAAGAGUGACAUGAUCGAACUGCUGGGACCCAGGCCUUUUGCAGAAAAGUCGACCUACGAAGAGUUCGUGGAAGGCACAGGCAGUUUGGACGAGGAUACAUCCCUCCCAGAAGGCCUAAAAGACUGGAACAAAGAUCGGGAAAAGGAGAAGGAGGAGCCCACGGACGAGAAGAUCGCCAGGCAGAUCGGAAGAGGGAUGCCAUUUUAGCUUGGGGUUUGCGUUGAAUGAAUUUGCACAGAAUUUGUGUUGCUUUUUCAUACAAAUGGAGCACAUAUAUUGGGCUGAACCCACUGUUUCUCCAAAAGAAAUUGAAACUGUGAGGAAGCAAGAUUCCAUUUAUAACCUCAGAGAGAGCCUCAGAAGUCAUCGUCCCUGAGGAUGGUAUCUGCAGAUCCCAGAGGAAUACUUGCACUGACUGCGGAGUGAUCAGGCAGAGCUCUCGGUAGAAUUGAAUGGGAAGUCCAGCCCGCAUCCCAGAACCGUGCCAAGCUCCAAUACUCUUUCCAUCCGGGGAGUCCAGGUGUGAGCGUGUCGCAAGGGUGUCAUUAAUUUACAAACUCCCAGUGCUCAACGGGUUUGAUUUUCUCACUCUCUCCUCCCUUCCCUGUGAUCUUUUCCAGUUUCCCUUCUCAACUGCCAAAAGCAAGUUGGCCACAAAGUGAAUUUGAAACCUGGUGUGGGGAAAAUGAUCAUCACCUUAGUUUUAAAAAUAAAACCGAGAUCAUUUGUUUAAGUUUUAAUCAAAUGGUUUUCUACAGGGAGCUGUAAGAUACGGAAAAUGUGAAUGUAUUAUGUAAAUAAAGGCUUCUUUGAGACAAAACCAAUAAAACCCAAAACUCUGCUUUUCCGAACUUAAA